GUGGAGGUUCUUCAUGAUGAUCAAUGGGGAACAGUGUGUGAUGAUGAGUGGGAUUUGACAGAUGCUGCAGUGGUCUGUAGAGAGCUGCGCUGUGGAGAGGCUGUAGAUGCACUGAGUAAAGCUCCCUUUGGACAAGGAUCAGGACAGAUUUGGAUGAAUGAAGUGCACUGUAGUGGAUCAGAGUCUACACUGAAGAACUGCAAAUCAGCAGGAUGGGGUAAACAUAACUGUAAUCAUGGUGAAGAUGCUGGAGUCCUCUGCUCAGGUCACAGAAAGUCCAGACUUACUGGUGGUUUCCAUCUGUGCUCUGGGAGAGUUGAAGUGCUUAAUGUGAAGACCUGGUCCACAGUGUGCGAUGCUGGCUUUGACCAGCAGGAUGCAGAGGUUGUGUGUCGAGAGCUGGGCUGUGGGCUUCCUGUGGAGGUGCUGGGAGCAGCUGUUUUUGGCAGAGGGGAGGGUCAGGUGUGGUCAGAGCAGCUUCAGUGUAGAGGCAACGAAUUUCAGAUUUCCUUCUGCCCAACAUCACCUUCACAUAACUGCACUCAUGACAAUGAUGUGGGCCUGGUUUGUGCUGGUCACACUCAGGCUCGACUGGCGAAUGGCUCUGAUUCCUGUUCUGGUCGAGUGGAGCUCCAGUACCUCAGUGAGUGGGGCUCAGUCUGUGAUGUUAAUUGGGAUAUGAAAGCUGCCAGUGUCCUCUGUGGUCAGCUGAAGUGUGGGAGUGCUGUGGCUAUGUUGGGGUCAGACUGGUUUGGGGAGGGGAGUGGCCAGAUCUGGGCUGAUGUGUUUGAUUGUCAGGGGAACGAAACACACCUGUCAAAAUGUCCCAUUUCAUCAUGGAGUCGAACUGCAUGCUCUCAUAAACAGGAUGCUGGAGUCAUCUGCAGUGGUUCCUCUCUGGCGUUACAUGAGGGGCGAGUGCGGUUGUCUGGUGGGAUGGAGUGUGAAGGGGAGGUGGAGGUGUACUUCAUGCAGGACUGGAGGAGAGUUCUGCUGGACUCCUGGAGUGAGUCCAAGGCCUCUGUGGUCUGCAGACAGCUGGGCUGUGGCUCUGUGUUCAACUUUUCCAGCUCCUCCAGCUCCUCCAGACACAUGUGUGUGGUGGAUUCCAAUUGUUCUGGGAGUGAAGCUCAUCUGGGGAACUGCAACAGCACAGAAACAGUAAACUGCAGCUCCAGAGAACAGCUCUCAAUCACCUGCUCUGGUAAGUUUAAUUCAGCUCACAGCUCCAUCAGGCUGGUUGGUUCAGGGGGAGACUGUGCAGGAAGGCUGGAAGUUUUCCACAACGGCUCAUGGGGGACAGUGUGUGGUGACUUGUGGGAUAUUGAGGAUGCGCAGGUGGUUUGUAGACAGCUGCAGUGUGGAGUGGCCCUCGGUGCUCCAGUACCAGCCCAGUUUGGACCAGGAACUGGACCCAUAUGGCUGAAUGAGGUGGAGUGUGAGGGAAACGAGACGUCCCUGUUUAACUGCAGAUUUCAGCUGUGUGGAGAGGAUGAAUGUGGACACAAGGAGGAUGUAGGAGUCAUGUGCUCAGAGUUUAGAGAGUUCAGACUCACUGAGGGCUGUGAGGGGAAUCUGGAAGUGUUCUACAAUGGAACCUGGGGUAAUGUGUGUUUAAAUGGGAUGGAUGAAGAAACAUCAAGUUUAAUCUGUCAAGAGCUGAACUGUGGAAGAUCAGGCAGUGAGACUUGGGCCAAAGCAAGAGUGGAAUCAGCUCCUAACUGGCUGGACAAUCUGAAAUGUAGAAAUCAUGACUCCGCUGUGUGGCAUUGUCCAUCUUCCCCCUGGAGUCAGAACAACUGUGAUAAAGACAAUGAGGUGGCUUGGAUUACCUGCUCAGAUCACCUGCCUCUCAGGCUGAGGGGAGGAAAGGGAAUCUGCUCAGGGAGGCUGGAGGUGUAUCAUAAUGCUGAGUGGGGCUCCGUCUGUGGUGAUCUGUGGGAUAUCAGGGAUGCUUCAAGGUGGUCUGCAGGCAGCUGGGCUGUGGGCCAGCACUGA